AUGGGCUGGCUAGUCACCAUCCAUGUCGUCUUCUCAGUCCUAGAUCUAGCCAUCAACUCCGCGGCCGGUGCCGCAGCCGCCGCGACGGGUGCCCACGUCGAGGGGGCACCCAUCACCACCCUCGUCGUCCAGACGGGAGCCUGGGCCGGCCUGCUGAAGUCUGGCGUCCUCAACUUCUCCGUCCUCAUCGCCAUGACCACCCAGAACGUCUUUGUCUUCGUCAUCACCAUCUUCCUCGGCUCUAGUUUCGGUGCUUCGGAGCUUGUCACCUUGGCUGUGUGUCAGUCCAUCCUCGGCAGGAGCCCCAUCGCCAGUAUCAUAGCUAUAGGAUGGGAUGCCCUCACAGGAUAUACCUUUGCCCGCGUUGCCCAUAAUCACGGCUACGAUGUCUGUCAUUACAAGUCUGCUGCUGCUGCAGGUGCCGUCUACGGAAGUCUGGUGUGGUUCGUUCGACUUCCCAUCACCAUCUUAAUGCAGGCUCGUUCCAAUAACCAGGACUACAUUACAUCAGGAUUCAGCAACAACUUUUAG